AUGUCCUCGAGUCCGGUGGAACGGAGGAGGUCUGCACUCGCGCUCGUCAGCACGCUGUUGCUCCUUGCCUCUCACGCCUCUGCUUUCUCGCUCUCCUCGCUCACCUCCUAUGCCUCGUCGCGCACCUUUCAACCCCUAUUACGAAGAGCGGACGAGAAUGCGACCGUCAUACCCGCCGCCAUAAACAUUGCGCCCAGCCAAUAUUGGGAUGGAGUUGACGGCAAAUGGUCCAGUUUUCCCCUUCAGGUCGGCACGGCUGCCCAGAAUGUGCGGGCUUUCAUAGGCACGUCGGCCUUCUCCACCAUCACCGUGGGAGCUGGAGGGUGUGAGCCGGUGGAAGCGUUUGGAGAGUCUUGCUCCAAUGAUCGGGGAUUCUUGUUCCUCCCCAAUGAAUCCCUCACAUGGGUGCCCAACAGUAUCUUCCAGCUUGGGAUUGAGAUCAAUCUUGGUUUGGACACAUCUGCACGGUCGGGAUUCGAUACCAUCACGCUCGGAUGGCAGGGCUCUGGCGGUCCAACGGUCCAACAUUCUACUGUUUUCAGCCUCGAGGCUCAGAAUUUCUGGAUUGGUAUCUUUGGUUUGAAUCCGGCUCCUUCCAACUUCACCACCUUCGUGGAUCCUCAGCCGUCUUUCAUGCAACAAUUGGUGAAUAACAACACGAUUCCAUCCUUGACGUAUGGCUAUACUGCUGGAAAUCAAUACAGACUGAACGGAGUAUAUGGAUCCCUAGUCCUGGGAGGUUAUGACCAAAACCGUUUCGACGCCACAAAGAACAUUUCUAUUCCAUUUAAUGACGACGUUGGUCGUGAACAACUUGUCAACCUGAAAGCCAUCACCACCGAUGUGGGAUCGCCUUCCAACCUUCUCCCGGACGGAGAUAUUAGUCUAUUAAUCGACUCGACGGUCGCACAGAUAUGGCUUCCAGAGUCAGCCUGCAAAGCAUUCGAGUCAGCCUUUGGCAUCACCUACGAUGCAUACAGAGAAUACUACAUCAUCAGCGAUAGCCUACGAUCCAAGCUACAAGAAUCGAAUCCCAACGUGACCUUCACGCUUGGAUCGCAAGCCAAUGACGCCACGGUGGACAUUGUGCUACCCUACAGCGCAUUCGACUUGGAGCUGCGAUUUCCUCCCGAUACMAACUCCUCGGCCUACUUCCCCCUCAAAAGAGCCGCGAACACCACACAAUACACCCUAGGCCGCACAUUCCUUCAAGAAGCCUAUCUCAUCUCAGACUACGACAACCGAAACUUCACAGUCGCACCUUGUAUCUGGAAUUCCAGCAAAAUCUCAACCAGCAGUCUCAAAUCCAUCCUAAGAUCCAACGAGACAAUGAACAGCGCUAGUAAUUCCGACUCCAGCUCAAACACAGGAGCCAUCGCAGGCGGUGUAGUCGGCGGAGUCCUCGCAAUAGCUCUAAUAGCCGGCGCUCUAAUCUGGUUCAAGCGCCGCAAAAACCAAGGCGAAAAGAAACGUCUCGCAGAACUCGAAGCCACCAACUCCGCCAGCAGUAGUUCCCACCACAACAACUCCCAAACAGACCCCAACAACGGCGAAUCAAAACCCAUCAUUUCCUCCCCCAUGGGCGGCGAAUUAGCCGGCGACGGACAAAUCCACGAAGCUUACGCCCCGCAUAAACAAGCCCCUCAAGAAAUGGAUAGUAGUGCCUACGCUGCGGUCGAUCCGAAUAAACAUGGUUACUCGGAAAUGGGUGGGGGUGUUGGGGAAUUUUUUCAACCUGCGAAGGGCGUUCCGGCGGAAAUUCGUGGUGGUACGCCGAUUUAUGAAAUGCAUGGGUCGGAUGUGCAGGAGUUGCCUGCUUCUACUCAUCGGCCUUCUAUGGAGAAGAGGUGA